AUGGGGGAACCCCGGGCUGGGGCCCCCCUGGACGAUGGCAGCGGCUGGACAGGAAGUGAGGAAGGAAGCGAGGAGGGCACCGGCGGCAGUGAGGGGGCGGGGGGCGACGGGGGCCCAGACGCAGAAGGUGUCUGGAGUCCAGACAUCGAGCAGAGCUUCCAGGAGGCCCUGGCCAUCUACCCGCCCUGUGGCCGGCGGAAAAUCAUCCUGUCUGAUGAAGGCAAGAUGUAUGGUCGGAAUGAACUGAUUGCCCGCUACAUCAAGCUGAGAACGGGAAAGACCCGAACUCGCAAACAGGUCUCUAGUCACAUCCAGGUUUUGGCCCGAAGGAAAUCGAGGGAAAUCCAGUCCAAGCUCAAGGACCAGGUUUCCAAGGACAAGGCUUUCCAGACAAUGGCCACCAUGUCCUCUGCCCAGCUCAUCUCAGCACCUUCCCUGCAGGCCAAACUGGGUCCCACCGGUCCUCAGACCCCGGAGCUUUUCCAGUUUUGGUCAGGGAGUUCUGGGCCCCCCUGGAAUGUUCCAGAUGUGAAGCCAUUCUCGCAGACACCGUUCUCCUUGUCACUGACUCCUCCAUCUGCUGACCUCCCAGGGUACGAGCCCCCCCAAGCCCUCUCACCUCCCGCUUUGCCCCCACCUGCCCCAUCACCCCCAGCCUGGCAGGCUCGGGCUCUGGGCACUGCUCGGUUGCAGCUGGUGGAGUUCUCAGCCUUUGUGGAACCGCCAGAUGCAGCUGACUCUUACCAGAGGCACCUGUUUGUACACAUCAGCCAGCACUGCCCCAGCCCUGGAGCGCCCCCCCUCGAGAGUGUGGACGUCCGGCAGAUCUAUGACAAAUUCCCUGAGAAAAAGGGUGGUCUGCGGGAGCUGUAUGAUCGUGGGCCCCCCCAUGCCUUCUUCCUGGUCAAGUUCUGGGCGGACUUGAACUGGGGCCCGAGUGGUGAGGAGGUGGGGGCCGGCGGCAGCAGCGGUGGCUUCUAUGGAGUGAGCAGCCAGUACGAGAGCCUGGAACACAUGACCCUCACCUGUUCCUCCAAGGUCUGCUCCUUCGGCAAGCAGGUGGUGGAGAAGGUGGAGACGGAGCGUGCCCAGCUGGAGGACGGAAGGUUUGUGUACCGCCUGCUGCGCUCACCCAUGUGCGAGUACCUGGUGAAUUUUCUGCACAAAUUGCGGCAGCUGCCCGAGCGUUAUAUGAUGAACAGCGUCCUGGAGAACUUCACCAUCCUCCAGGUGGUGACAAACAGAGACACCCAGGAACUGUUGCUCUGCACCGCCUACGUCUUUGAAGUCUCCACCAGUGAGCGGGGGGCCCAGCACCACAUUUAUCGCCUGGUCAGGGACUGA